AUGGAGAACUUAUUGGGUUGCUGGUUUCACCAGCUCCUCUCCUUCUACAUAUCCAUCAACGUGGCCAUUCUUCGGAACAUUUUUAACCCCCUCAUCCACUUCAAAUGGCAACCAAUCUUCGUCCCCUUGCUCGAUUCAAUCUUAUCCGUCUAUUUUCGCUAUUGCCAUCUCCAACCCUGCACCCUGGACCUGGAUGAGCAAACCACCCUGCACUUUUGGACCCCUGCUCACCGGAAAAUCAACAAGCCCAAUCUGGUUUUAGUCCACGGCUUCGGGGGCAACUCAAAGUUUCAGUUCCUAUUCCAAAUCGGCACACUGGCCCGGUCUUUCAACCUCUACAUACCCGACCUCCUGUUCUUCGGGAAAUCCUACACCCGCAACCCCGACCGGACGGACGCUUUCCAGGCGAGGUGCUUAGGUGAAGGCUUGAGAAGACUGGGUGUGGACAGGUACUCCAUUUACGGGAUCAGUUACGGGGGCUAUGUGGCUUAUCGGACGGCUGCCAUGUCCUCUGAAGCCGUGGAUAAAGUCGUUAUACUGAGCAGCGGAAUCGGGAUGACGGAAGAUCAAAAGGAGGAGCAUCUCAGGAAUAUAGGGAGGAAUGCUGUGGACAUACUCCUGCCUCGGAAACCGGGGGAUCUACGGUUGUUAGUGACUCUGUCUUUAUGCAACUGCAAUUUUAUCAACUGGGUCCCAGAUUAUUUCCUCCAGGAGUUCAUCACCGUGAUGUGCAACACCAUCCGGAAAGAGAAAAGUGAGCUAGUGGAACACUUGUUAGCAAAGAAAGAGGAUAGCAGUCUUCCAAUUUUAGAUCAGGAAACAUUGCUUAUCUGGGGUGACAAGGACAUGGUUUUCCCUCUUGCUUGCGGACGUGAAUUGCAUAGACAUUUGGGGUCAAAGGCAAAGAUGGAAAUACUUGAGAACGCCGGGCAUGCAGCAAACCUGGAAUCCUCGUACUCGGUGAAUGAAUCCAUCAAAGCAUUUCUACUGAAUUCCUCCGCAAAACGAGGAGGUUGUACGCUAGUAGAAAGACAGAGAGAUCCUCCUCGACGAAUGGCUUCCAUUUACUAA